AAUUUUUCUGUUUUGUUAUUUUCUUUAAUUUUUGUGUAAAGCCAUUUUUAAUAUUUCCAAAUCAAACUUGUGCUAUUGCUGUGAGACAUGACAACCAUCAACGAAAAAGAAGAUCCUCUAAAACGACGCUUGGUUCCACGGGGUCUUCAGAAACUAAUCGAACAAUGUUUGAAGAUUUAUCCGGAUCAAACAAAUCCACUACAGGUCACUACCGUGCUGAAGUACUGGUUGGGUGGUCAGGAUCCCCUAGACUAUAUUAGUAUGUACCACAAUCCCGGCGAUCCAGACCAGAAUAUUCCACCGCACUGGCAUUACAUUAGCUUCGGGCUUUCGGAUUUACAUGGAGACGGAAGAGUUCAUCGUGACACUGUCGUAGGAGCGGAGCCUCUAUCUGGGAUGGGUUUCGAGCUCACCUUCAGACUGGUAAAGUCACUGGAUAAUGCAAACGAAAGGCCUCCCACUUGGCCGGCAAAUUUGUUGCAAUCUCUAGCGAAAUACGUUUUCCAAUCCGGUAAUCGACUGUGUGUUGGAGACAACAUUCCUUGGCGUAGAUCGCUUGAUGGAAAAACGUCUCAAAUUCAACACAUGCUAAUCGCGGAAGAUUGUCAAAUGUCUCGCACGGAAACUCCGUUCGGAUGGGUUGAUUUCUUACAAAUCGUGGGAGUGACAAGUGAAGAGCUUGAACAAGCCUCUCGCUGGAACGGUAAAGGAAUUUUAAACUUACUUCAGAAAGACCCUGCCACUGGAGGUCCAUGGUUAAUCACGGAUAUGGCCCGAUCAAAAAGUGUUUUCGAAUUGUUCCCUGAAACGCUUCGCCAGCUGAACAUCGAUCUAGAAAGAGAAGGAUCUGACCUCGCCGGUGUCAACGCCGAUUUCACAUUCAAAGAGUUGCCGAAACUCACAAAUAUCAAAAAAGAAAUUGUUGAUCCGGAAGAGGAAAUAACCCGAAGUAUUUCCUCUUGUAACAUUGAGAUAAAAAAAGAAUUCAACGAUGGUCUGGAACAUUCCGGAUCGUCUGACAUGGUAAAUCCAUUUCAUCACUCGCAGAUACCAUCCAGAGUUUCUCCGUUGAACGGAAUAGAACUCACUUUGGCUCCAUACGCGGCUAAGUUUCUUGUUUUAGCCAUCAAAGAUCGAAUACGCCAUGGUCGACACUUUACCUUUAAGGCACAGAAUAUGGCUGUCACAUUUGUCGCUGAAUCCGUGACAGGUUCAUUUGUAAAUCAGGAAACACCGUAUGGUGUGCUCGGUUAUUGGGUGCAAAUACUUAUACCAAAUGCACUGAUUGGCAAGAUGUUGGAAACUUUCAGUGAUUUGAACAAAAGUUCAGAUAAUCUUCAAAUACCGCUGACUUAUGAAUGGCCUGAGUAUAAUUUAAAAUUUAUCAUUGAUAAUCCACCACCGGAGCUGUUGAAUCAGCAAGGGCCGAUUCUAGCAUGAGAAUUUUCAUUCUGCAUCGCAUGAUGCUGAGAUAGACUGCUUCCAUUUUAAUAUUAGACAAACUUCCCGUAAGCUAUAUGUUUAUUUACUAAACAUCUUUUUUUUAAUUAACUUUUAUCGUGAAAAUGCCAGAUGUGCCAGACUGCAAUGAAUUUCAUUAAACUAUAUUCUAUGGUAGCUCGUUAUAUUCAAAAUCAAAAUAGCUUUUACGGAUUACCUCAAGUGGAUCAACCAUGCUACCGUAGAGAAGCAAGAGCUAAAAUGGUCACUGAUAAUCUAAAUUAAAUUUAUAUAAAGACAAGAAUCUUGCUUAACAACAAUGCAAAAGGUAUUACUUAUUCGCAGAUAGCUGGAUUUUAAAUUUAUUGAUUAAUGAUACUAUUCCGGUUAGAAUGAGGUAACAAAAUUAUAGAAACUGUAUGCUAAGUAAUUCAUAAUUAGCGUAAAAUUUAGCUUAUCGUGCAAGUUAGCCUUGCUUAAAUUAUAAAAAUCAGGAUUAGGGUCACCAAAAUAUAAAAAAAUGUAUUAGAGGUGUAUAAAAUAAAGAAUAUUGGUAAAUCACUAUUGUUUGUCACAAAUUCACACAUAAUUUAUUGCAACCAGUUACAAUUGCAAUAGUUACAAUUUUUUAUUACAUUUUGUUAUGAUAUUCUGAUCGGAAUUCAAAGUAUCAUAUUAGAACACAUAAAAAAAGCUUUU